GGAGGAGCCCCGAAGGCAUUUAAUCAAGCUCGUGCGCCCUGUACUCAACGGUUCAUGAGCGUUUCGGCUUGUAGUCGUCGGAGAGAAGCGGCUGAAUACACACUAUUGCAGCCAUGGGGAAAGAUCCUAAUAAGCCAAGAGGAAAGACGUCGUCCUACGCGUUCUUUGUGCAGACCUGCCGAGAGGAACACAAGAAGAAACACCCUGGGACUUCUGUAAACUUUGCAGAGUUCUCUAAAAAAUGCGCAGAAAGAUGGAAGACCAUGUCUCCCAAAGAGAAAGCAAAGUUUGAGGAAAUGGCCAAAACCGACAAGAUACGCUAUGAUCGUGAGAUGAAAAACUAUGUACCACCUAAAGGUGCAAAGAAAGGGAAGAAGAAGAAGGACCCAAAUGCUCCAAAGAGACCACCAUCGGCUUUUUUUGUCUUUUGCUCUGAACAUCGCCCAAAGGUGAAGAAUGAAAACCCAGGGAUCUCCAUUGGAGACAUUGCAAAGAAACUUGGGGACAUGUGGUCCAAAUUGUCACCAAAAGAGAAGUCCCCAUAUGAGCAGAAGGCCAUGAAGCUGAAGGAGAAAUACGAAAAGGACAUUGCUGCAUACCGCGCCAAAGGGGGGAAGUCUGAGGGUGCGAAGAAGGGUGGACCAGGUCGGCCAGCAGGAAAGAAGGCAGAAGCCACAGAUGACGAUGACGACGACGAAGACGAUGAUGAGGAGGAGGAUGAAGAUGACGAUGAUGAUGAGGACGAAUAAAUUUGUCAGGAAACUUGAGCUGAAUUGUUUGCAAAACAAUGUGAAAAUGCAUUUUUUUUUGUUUUUUAAAGCAUUUGAAUAUUUUCAAAACAUGUACAGAGAUGUGUAUAGAUGAAAUACAUAUUGAGGUCAUGUACUGUUUUGUAAGUUUAACAGCUGUUUUUGUUUGUAAGCACUGCUUUUUGUCUGAUAGCUGUGGUUUCUCUGCUCAAUUGAAAAUUUUCCACUGCCAUUGUAAGGAAAAUGAGGAACAAUGUUAUGUAGUUUAAGUCUCAAACAAGAUUUUUAGAUGUUGAGCUUUAAAUUUGUGUAGACACAAUUUUUAUAAUAAAAUUUUGUAUAUUAUGAUUAA